UUCAUUCAUUACUCGCCCAUAAAUGUAGUGGUAUAUAAGUUGCCCUGUUGGUUGAUUAUAGUGUACACAGCUGAAAAACUGUCCGCAAAAGUAUAUCGCCCAAGAUAAAUAAGUUACACAUCCGAAACAAUUUGCCACUGCAUUUGAAACCGAUCCUAAAAGUGACUUUCGGUCCGAUUAUUGCCCGUUUCGGUUACCAUAUGUUGAGAGCGCAUCCAUGGUACCUUCCAUUCAGCUCUUAUAAAAAAUCCUAUUUUGACUUCGACCUGUUAUACCGCUGUUUGCGAUGAAAAUAGAAAUCAAUAAGCAUGCCACGUAAUGUUGCUAUUAGUGACUGCAAUUCAACUGGAUUACUGCCAUCCGAGAAUAAUUCUUAGAAGCUGGUCACAGUAAAUUCACCUUUUGAAUAAAUAUUUAGUGGAUCGAAAUAAAGCGGAAGGACUGAGGAAAGGAAGUUUAAAGCAAAAACGUGUUGGGGGACAAAAUAAAAACACCUGUAUCGCCAGCUACUCGUGUACUAAGUAAAAUGUUACCAUUACUCCACACAGUAUGUAUUUUUGUGAGCUGCAUUGCGUAUCUGCCACUCUUUGUAUCUGCUGUUCAGCAGAACGUGAUCUUCGCUAUCAAUGCCGGAGGAGAUGCUCACAUUGAUUCUAAUGGAAUAAAAUACGCUCGAGACCCGCUGAUGGGCAAGAUUGGAACCGAAUCGGACUACGGCAAACAACUGCUAAUGAUCAAUCGUGUCAAGCCGAGCGAUGAGUUGCUAUACCAAACCGAGCGAUAUCAUCAUGACACUUUCGGGUACGAUUUACCGAUUGCAGGUGAUGGCGAGUACGUGUUGAUUCUGAAAUUCUGCGAGGUGUACUUCAACGCACCCAAUAUGAAGGUGUUUGACGUGUUACUCAAUAAUCGUCAUAUGGUCGUGACAGAUUUAGAUAUAUUCUCUUUGGUUGGUAAAGGCACCGCUCAUGAUGAAUAUGUGUAUUUCACCGUGUCACGGGGCAGAUUGUAUUUUAAAGAGGAGGACUCGGAGAUUCGAGCGGGGAAAGUGAAAUUGGAAUUCCUGAAGGGUUACAAGGACAACCCAAAAAUCAAUGCCAUUGUGCUGAUGAAAGGUUACGAUGAUACGAACCUUCCUCGGUUGACACCGUUGGUUAGUGAACAACCGGUACAGGAGCUGCACGCUGAUUCGCCAAUCGGCGACGGCUUUGUGGAUGGAGAUACACAAACGGACGGGAAAGCUAAACAACGGAAAACUAGUGGACCAAAGCAACCUAAUCCGUACUCGUUGGAUGAAUCGUCUAUCAUGUUGCCAGUGUUUAUCGCUAUAGGAGCGUUUAUACCACUACUAUUUUGUUUAUGUCGACUGUGAUUUUAUCGAAAGGAAUAAGCAAAACUUGAUUUUUAAGCAGUAGUUAUAUAGUGGUAAGCUCUUUAGGGAGCUGACAAGUUUGUUGGUAUAUUUUUAAUUAGUAAAGAUAGUUUUCGAUAUUUGAGAUGAAUGGUAAGAAAUAUUUUGGCAUGGUUGGCAUAAGGGUUUGCAACAUAAAUUAUCUUAUUCUAUGUUUUUAUCGUUGCAUAAUUUUUAAACCGCAAAAUCUACAUAAACCUGGCUUUUCGUCACUAAUUUUACAUAAACAAUGUGUAUUUCAACGAGCAGUCAACGAUUUCGGAUUGUAUAUAUAGCUCAAAGUCAGCGUUAGUUUUUUGCUGUUUAUGAUAUAACGUCGAGUUUUAACUUAGAGGCAUUUUUCGAUAGCUCAACAGCCGAAUCUUACCAGUACUAGUAGAGAUUCACUAAUAUCUAAGUGAAGUUACUAAAGACAAGCGCUCAAAGAUGUGUUGUUUGAUAGCAUAUUGUAUUAGAGAUAAACCGAGCAGUAGCGCUCAAUAUAGCACAUUUUCUGUUCAACACACUAACCUACCAGCAGCUGUGAGUCGUACUUACGUUAGUUUAAAAUGUGGUUCAAAGAAUGGCUAAAUGAGAAGCGUUAGUACCAAUUUGCACCACUAUAAAAUUUAUUCAGUCAUUUUAGUAUCUUUUAUUUAGCUUGUACAAUAAGUUAAAAUUUAUUUAUGCUAAAGAUAAUUAUAAAUAAUUGAACGACAGGCGAUGCCGAUCGAAAACAGCCGGAAAUAAAUUUGAAACGAUUAUUCUGUUCUUAUCGUCACUAUAUACAUAAACUGCC